UCAACACCUGGAGCUCUGUGAUGCUGCUACGGGGUGUGGCCGGAGCCCCGCCCACACCCAAAGGGCACGCCCACCGGCUCUGGAGUGGCGCAUGGACUCCCUGGUGCUGCUGGUGUGCCUGCUCCUGCUGCAGGCGGGUGGUGCUCGUGCACAAGGCUGCGGCUACCGACCAGAUUUUGAUGCGCCCCAUUCCUCCCUUUUGGGCAAUGCUCGCAUUGUGGGGGGCACGAAGGCUCGUGCUGGGAAAUGGCCUUGGGUGGUCAGCAUUCAGACUAGCUCCUACCACUUCUGCGGGGGGAGCAUCGUGCACCCCUGGUGGGUGCUGUCCGCAGCUCACUGCUUCACAGACAGAAGGGAAGGCAUCAGGGUGGCGGCAGGAAGCAACUACCUGGGCAGGAACAACGUCACCCGCUGGGUGCGGAAGAUCCACCUCCACCCACUCUACAACCCCAAGACUUACGACAACGAUCUGGCACUGCUGCUGCUGCACAAGCCCAUCCCCCACAGCUGGUUCCACACUGCCCUCUGCCUGCCAGACCGCACCAUCGUCCCAGACAACAACAUGUGGGAGAGCUGCUUUGUCGCCGGCUGGGGCCUCACGAAAGCUGGCUCAGAGUACGGCUCCCCUGAGUUGCUGGACAUUCAGGUGGGCUUGGUAGACUGGACGCUGUGCCUGCGGUGGCUGCACUCCAUCACCAGGAACAUGGUGUGCGCCGGGUUCGAGGAGGGCGGCCGGGACGCCUGCCAGGGGGACAGCGGGGGGCCCCUGAUGUGUCUCCCACCCAGCCACAGCGGCCACGGCAGCCCCCGGCGCUGGUACCAAGUGGGCAUUGUGAGUUGGGGUCGCAGCUGCGCGGCCGCCCGCAGCCCAGGCGUCUACACGCAGGUCUCCAACUACCACUCCUGGCUGGAGCAGACAUCGGCGCACGAUGGACGCCCCUUCCGCGUGCCCCAGAUCCCCGUCAGCCCCUCCCUGCAGCACGAGAAGCACAACGACCUCUGGGCUAACGUGGACAGCAGCAGUGCCCCCGUGGGCCCCCCACCCGUGCUCUGCUCUGCCGCCCUGGCAGUGCUGCUCUCGGGCCUGCGCUGAGGAGCAGCCAAAGGGAGGAAGGGCCACCAGUGUCGGGAGACCCAAAGGAUGCCAAGCAAUGUGGGGCAUUCCCUCAGCUUGGCUUGGCGGUUCAAUAAAUAUUCUUGGAUA